AUGGUUGUUGUUAGAUACCGCAUACGACGUUCGAAAGACGAGGCAGCAGCGGACAAACAAACAGCGUCAGGCAAAGGCUCUGGUGGCCAAGGUUCCAAAGACUCUGGAGUAGUUAAGAGGACAGAGAGAAGAUCGAGAAAUGGGUGUCUAACCUGUCGCUCUCGGAAAAAGAAGUGUGAUGAAAGAAAACCUUUGUGUACCAGCUGUCGCCGAAAUAUGCUGCCGUGCCGAUGGUUGGAUAUAGAAACGGCAGCUCUUACUUCUAUUUCCUCACAUGGUGAUAUCCUAGACUCUGAACCACCAGAUAGGUUCCUAAACUGCACUCUAGAGAAUUGGAAGUGUGAAUACGAAGUGGUGGGCGAUUAUUGGUUCUUUUCGCUACCGCGCAAAGAGAAAAUAUUCGAAUAUACAGUAAUACUGGAAAAAGAUAACACGCUUUGGAGACUUCGUGCAGAUGAACCACUAAAGCAACCUUUGAGUAAGUUUCCGACUCAUGGACAGCUUGAUAAAAAAAGUAGCUUUGGCGCAGGCGCCCGUUCUGGUAAGUUACUAAAAUUUCACCUAGGUUCAGAAAGACCAACAACUGAUACAAAUUACUUGCUAGCUUCAAUGGGCCUACCUAUGCAAAACGGGGAGCUUUUCAUGCUGUAA